AUGGAACAUAUAUUUUUGAUUCUUUUACUGUUUAGUAAGGCUUUACCAGUUGGAGCUCAAUUCAAUGGAUACAACUGUGAUGCCAACUUUCACAGCCGCUUCCCCGCGGAAAGGGAUAUCAGUGUGUACUGUGGGGUGCAGACCAUGACCCUCAAGAUCAACUUCUGCCCCGUCCUCUUUUCUGGCUAUACCGACACUGACCUGGCCCUUAAUGGUCGCCAUGGAGAUGCCCACUGCCGCGGUUUCAUCAAUAACAAUACUUUUCCUACUGUAGUCAUUUUUAGUAUCAGCCUGGCAACGCUGGAGUCCUGUGGCAAUUCCCUGGUGGUCUCCACUGCUCAAGGACCAAACGCUUAUGGAAACCUGUCACUGGUGCAGAUUGGAAACAUAUCAGGGUACAUCGACACACCAGAUCCCCCCACCAUCAUCAGCUACCUGCCAGGUCUGCUGUACAAGUUCAGCUGCAGUUACCCGCUGGAAUACCUGGUCAACAACACCCAGCUGGCCUCGUCAGCAGCUGCAAUCUCAGUGAAGGAAAGCAAUGGUACUUUCAUCAGCACGUUGAAUCUACUGCUUUACAAUGAUUCAUCAUACGUUCAGCAGCUGUCCAUCCCCAUGGCAGGACUGACCCUGAAGACGCGGGUGUUUGCAGCUGUUAAAGCUGCUAACCUUGAUAAAAGAUGGAACGUUCUAAUGGACUACUGUUACACCACGCCCUCUGGAAACCCUAACGAUGACCUCCGCUAUGAUCUUUUCUUUAGCUGUGAAAAAGACCCCCAGACCGCCAUCUUUGAAAAUGGGAAGAGCCAAAUGGGCCGCUUUGCCUUUGAAGUAUUCCGCUUUGUAAAGCACAAGAACCAGAAGAUGUCCACCGUCUUCCUGCACUGUGUCACCAAACUGUGUCGGGCUGAUGACUGUCCAAUGCUCAUGCCAAUCUGUGGCAGCAGAAAAAGGAGAGAUGUCUCAGAGGGAAAGGAAUCAAGCGCUGCAUCUGGGAAUGCCGUCCUGACUGCUGGGCCUAUCAUCACUCGGAGUGAUGAAACGCCAACCAACAACUCUCAACUGGGUAAGCCUUCACCUCCAGUGUUUCAGAUGAACACAGUGACAAGUGCACUCAUCUCGGGGGUGAUCAUCCUGGGCGUCAUGAGUGUUUGCUUCUUCAUCUUCUCCCUCACCCUCCUCAAAGGCAAAAGCGCUCCUGUCAGCACCCUGUCUGGAGUCCGCAACCCAGCUUUCAACUGAACACCUGGACCCAACUCACUGCAGACACUCCUUCACAACUGACAAUGCUAAGCGAGGGGCAAGAAACAUGAUGUAACAUGAUGUUUGUGCAUGUAGUCAUUUAAAAGGAGAAUAAAAGCUAAAUGUUGAUUUAGAAAACUGU